CACAGAGAGCCACAUCAUCCGAAGGUUCCAAUGAUCGCAAUGGCCUGGGUGACGCUCUGUUUGCUGCUACCUGCUGCGAUUGCCAAGUCCUUCCCAUAUCCGGAUUCCUUUGAUCAUGUGGUGGCCUGCGACACGUGCAAUGGAACUGGGGCUAGGGAUUGCAGCAGCUCGGAUUGUCAGUCUCGAUGCCCCAGCGAAGGGAAGCAAUGCUUCAAGAGCAACCGCUACAAGUUGGGGUGUUGCUGUGAUCCGGCAAAAAUGCCGUCGCCGAACAUCUACAAGUGUAGGCGAGGAGCCAAGAAGAGUGGACCCAAUCAGUGCUUGUCCGAGUGUUGCCAAGCGGUCACGUAUGCCGAGAAGAAGACAUGGGCGACGAUCUGCGGAGAUGGCUGUUGCAAGCCAAGCAACCACGGGACCCAAAACCAAUGUGGAUCAAGUUGGCCAUUGGGCUUGAAGGGAGGCAAAUUGAAACGACACCCAUGCUGCCUGCUCAAAGGUGCCUCCCAGGAUCAUCAGAAUGGGGCACGUUGCUGCUUUCAUGGGGAUGGUGUGAACUGUUCCUCGCCAAAACAAGAGCCUUGCUGCCUGCUGGCCAGUACCACAACCACGCACAAGAACCAGAGCACAGACCCUCAUGCGGUGUGCCAGAGAAAAACCUGUGCAGCUUACAUUCCCUGCCAGGCUUCAAGAGGUGUGAAUUGCGAGUCCAGAAGCAAAACAGUUUGUUGCCUGAAGGCGACACAGCCUUCUAUCUCUGACCCGUGCCAGAUAUCUGUGGAAGACUGCAACAGCCGCUACAUGGCAUGCAAUGCCGGCGAUCAGCUGGGAAUCGACUGCUCCUCGUCCUCGGGCAGCAACAGUGUUUGUUGCUUGCCAGCCGGUAAGGAAACAGAAGCUUGCCGGCGUGGGGAUUGCGCCGAAUACCAAAGGGAACAAACCAGUAGGGUGAUCGGGGUGGUAUGCGUUUCGAUUGCUUGUUUUUGCGCCCUCCUUUGUGGGUGCAUAUUGUGCCACCGACGCCUUCAGCUUCUGUACAGGAGACUGACUGAUCCUUUGCGAGCUUCACUGCUACUUCCGGGUGCACGGGUUAGCCUUGCCCCAGUUAUAGAGCAUCCCCGCCGCAUUUUGCUUGCCAUCUCUUGCCAGGGUUAUCAAAAUGGCUAUGGCGUCCUUGAGACACCACAUGGCGAUGCAGACCUGCUGGCAGGAGCAUGUGAAAGCAUGGGCUAUGAGGUCAUCAAGAUACAAGGUUCGAGCCAUGGCGCUAUCUUCGAGGGAUUCCGGCGUGCGGUACACUUGGUGUCCGGAACGACCAAUGCUCUCCUGCUCGUCUCAUUUUCUGGUCAUGCAGUCGAGAUCAAUGGUAAGAUGAUGUGGGCCCCUGAGGAUGCCGUCAGGGGUGAUAUGAAUACCCACUUCAACGUCGCAUCCGUGUGCCGCGACUUGAUGGAGGUCCAUCUUAACGAUGGGGCAGAACGGUUUGGUGCAAUGCAACCUGCCAAGAGCCUCUUUGUCGUACUUUUGGCAGAUUGCUGCCGCGAGCCUGGUGGGAGCCACUGCGAACCAUUUCAAGAAGCGCGGCAUGGCAGAAGGCGUCGUGACAGGCCGAGCUUGUACAUCAUCUAUGGCUGUGGCCCUGGCCUUUUGGCUGCUGACGCUGCUCCAGAUGGCAGCCACAGCCCCUUCAUGCACCACGUGGUUGAGCAGAUACAGUCUGAACGAAGAGUGUCAUGCUUCGCGGCCGUAGUCAAUGAAGAGCUGAAGAAGACCACGAACUACCGGCAAGAGGUUUGGCACCCUGAAGGUACGGGCAAUUUCGAUGGCGUCACCUUGUCCGUGCCAGGGCGGUUGCGCAGUGGCAGUGGCUCUUCGAUGCUGACCGAGAACAGCCAACCAGAGGUUGUUCCCAGCAGACAGCCCUAGGGCCCCGUGGCAGCACAUUCUGACAGGAUGGCAUUGCAGCCCAGCUUUGCACAAGUCAAGGCUCUUUUGCAGCACAUGUUACAUACUAGUACAGCAUGCUGCAUGCUUGUGUUCCAUUUACGGGUGUUGUGCCAUCUGCAUUUUUAUGAGCACUCCACCAUGGAGUCCGUGGAGAAUUGGGUGCUCCGGGCUCAUAGUACAGAGCAAUCACAAACCGGAAGACAGCGAUCAACAGUGAACUAUUCUUUCUAUCAGCGUGAUCAGUGAUCGGGUACGAC